AUGCUCAUCCCACUACUAGUCUCCAUAUCCAGCCUAACGCACACCACAGCAAAUGCAAUCGCAACACAAGAUCAAGACUUCGACCCCCUCACCUACAUCGACCCCCUCAUCGGCUCCACCAACGGCGGAAACGUCUUCGCCGGCGCCUCACUCCCCUACAGCAUCGCAAAAGCCGUUGCGGACGUCGACGGCCAAAACACAGCCGGCUUCGCGUCCGACAACAGCCGCGUAACCGGCUUCUCGGCCCUGCACGACUCAGGCACAGGCGGGAACCCCUCGCUGGGGAAUUUCCCGCUGUUCCCACAGAUCUGCUCGGAUGGGGACGAUGUCAACAGCUGUGUCUUUGGGAAGAGUGCCCGCGCGACGGGGUACGUCAACGACUCGGUUGUCGCGAGACCAGGGUAUUUUGGACUGCGGAUGGAGAGUGGGAUUGGGGCUGAGAUGACGGUUUCGGCGAGGGCGGCGCUGUUUCGGUUUGCUUUUCCUGCUUCGGCUUUGUCUGGUUCUGGGUUGGAAGGGGGUGGCGAGGGAAGUUCGCUGAUUCUGCUUGAUCUGACGGAUCUCUGGGAUAGUCGGCAGAAUGCCUCUAUUUCCGUUGACCCUGGGAACGCGAGGAUCAUUGCCAACGGGACUUUCCUCCCGUCGUUUGGCGCUGGAUCGUACCGGUUCUAUACCUGCGUUGAUUUCUACGGCGCCUCGGUGCGGGAUAGCGGGGUCUGGGUGAAUGAUCGCGCUGGCACGGAUGUCCAGGACCUUUACGUGACGAGGGGGUUUAACCUGUUCUAUAUCCAGGCUGGCGGAUUCUUCAGGUUCCAUCGGCCGGACGAGGGAAAUCUCACAGUGACUGCACGGGUAGGGGUAAGCUACGUGAGCAGCCAGCAAGCCUGUCAGAAUGCAGAAAGGGAGAUCCCAUCACCAUUGGAUGACAUUGACCGACUACGAAGUGAAGCGGAGGAAGCGUGGAGGGAGAAGCUGAGUCCUAUCUCAGUCACACCUGGCGGUGCAGGUGAAGACCUCCAGCGGAGUUUCUGGAGCGGGCUUUACCGCAACAUGCUCGAUCCACAGGAUAUGUCCGGGGAGAAUCCGCUAUGGGAUAGUGAGGGGCCGUACUUUGAUUCGUUUUACUGUAUAUGGGACUCGUUCCGAGUCCAACACCCCCUCCUCACAAUAAUCGACCCGGAGACCCAGUCCCUUAUGGUUCGCAGCCUCCUUGACACCUACAAGCACGAAGGGUACCUCCCGGACUGCCGGAUGAGCUUAUGCAAAGGCUGGACACAGGGCGGCUCAAACGCUGACGUCGUGCUUGCGGACGCCUAUGUCAAGAAUCUCACUGGUUCAGACGCCAACGGGAUUAACUGGACGCUGGCCUAUGAAGCCAUGGUCAACGACGCCGAGAACGAGCCGCUGGAGUGGUCGUACCAAGGCCGCGGCGGGCUCAAGAGCUGGAAGAGCCUGGGUUACAUCCCGUACCUAGACUUCGAUUACCUGGGCUUUGGGACAAAUUCGAGGAGUAUUUCGCGCACUGUCGAGUACGCGUAUAAUGAUUUCUGCGUUGCAACCUGCUGGAAGUGGGUGCCUGAGGCCACCGGCGGCCUUAGGGCUCCGGUGGAGGAAGGUUCUUCCGGCCCGAAUGGCCACUAUAAAAUUCUUUAUUUAUCCCUAAAAUAUCUAGCUUAA